GACGGUUAAGAUUAAAAUCUCAUCACACGGAAAUUUGGAAUCUAACCCGCGUGGAACGACAUCUUGUCCCCCGCAAGUUAGAUCCGUGUCGGUCCAAGAAAUCGAACCGGUUAUUAUUAAACCGGAAUUUUAAUCUCUACAUCGUAUAAAGUCAAACCAAAAAAAAAACAAUUUUGAUGGAAGAAGGAAGGAUGAGGAGAGGCAAGGAGGAAGACGAUGAGGUUGAGCAGUUGCUCCAAGCGGCUCAAGACGAGAUGAUUCUCAAGCUCUCCGUCGAUUCUCAUGCAUCACGCUCCAGACCUGAUUACCUCGAUCCGGAUCUUCACUCUAGAUUCCUCGCCCUCAGAUCUAAACCUUCGCAGCAGAAGAAGAAUAAGAAGACGACGGAGCAGAAACGGCGGCCGGUUUCUCCGCCGAAAUCGAAGGAUGUUGAAGAAACGCCAGACGAUCUCAUGCUCAGAUUCGCCGCCCUGAAGAGUACUCUUCCCUCCUCCUCGUCCGCCUCUGUUCCGCCGUCAGUUCUUCGUCCGGGUGAAAUGGGAGAUGAGGCUGAUGAAUUAGGAGAAGAUGAUGAAGUGGAGAAGCUGAUACAGUGGGCUAUAGACGCUGCUCGUCUCGAUCCUUCUCCUCCCUCCGAUGAUGAUGAUGAUGACCGGAGUUCUGAUAGUGAUGAUGAGAAUGGUUCAAAGAGACAUGUCAAACCCUAGUUGUAACAACUCUGCUCUUCCUUGUAAGUUUAUAUACAUCCGUUUAGUCACACUUGGCCUCAUUUUUUUUUUUAAAUCAAGAUUGAGUUAA